AUGUACUGGUUAAAUCUUAUACUAAUCGUUUUAAAAACAAUUGUGAUAUCGGAAAUAACGAGUCGAAAUAAUUCACAAAUGGGAGAUGAUAUUUCAAGGACAUCAGCACCUGUACGGCAACUAGUCGAACAGUUUGAUCAUUUGCUUGAAAAUAAUUCGAGUGAUAAGAUGAAGGAUAUGGGAGCAGCAGAGGACUCGCUUCAUGAUGGAAAUAUGACGAUAUCGGAUGAAGCGCAUACAGUGAAACCUCUAAAUCAUCCUGUUACACCACAAAAUUCUGUUGCUUCUUCCGACCAAUUGUACGGUGCAGCAUAUUGGCAUAGCAGCCCAAAACCAUCAAUUGCGCAGCAGAUGCAUCAAACUGUAAUGAAAACAUCCGUAGAGAGCGAACCACACAUUGGUAAUCAGUCGGAGAUAAGUGUUGGAAAUGGGCAAUUAGCGAAUGAACAAGUAGCAGAAAUAGUUAAAAAUGAAAAUGGCGUUAAUUUUGUUUUACCUGAUGGAGAAGCAUAUCUCAGUCUAUUGAUGGAAGCCCGAACAAGUCUGCAGCUGCUUUGCGACCAAGCUAAAAAUGAUCUUUUAAAUGAAGAAGACAUACCAGAACAUGCCGCAGGAACGCUUAGGACUGCAAUUGGAAAAGCAAAUCUUUUGUUGGACAAAAAAAUGGCAAAGUUCGAAGAUUUAGUCAAGAACCAUCUGAAUCGAAAUUCAGACGUACAGCAGGUAAAGCUCAGUGAUCUUUCUGGUUACUGGGCAUUGAUUAGUAUUGAGCUAAAAGAAUUGGAGACUAACUUUCGCGAAAUCAGUUUUCUUCGUGAAAAUCACUGGACACUGCCGGAAUCAGAACUCUGCUCAGUAAGUACUGUCGAUGAAAAUCGUAGCGACGCUAUGAAGAAAGUACAAUCCCAUUUACCAGUGAUAAAUAAUGAAAAAGUAGCGUUCGAAAUUCAACGCCGACAAAUAGCUUUAGCAGCAGCGAAACGACGCCAGAAAGAGUUGAAGAAAGCGGAAGAGGAACAACAUGCUGAGUGUAAAGAUGAUGGUGAAGUUCGUAUGGUUAUCUGA